AGCCUGGCAGCCUUUCCGGGCGCGGCGGCAGCAUAAAGAGCGGGCGUGUGCCGGAGGGGGCCGGGCCCACGUGACGGCCCCUCCCAGGCGGCAUCCCCGGGGAGAGGCACUUUGUUCGGGGUGCCGCCUGCAGCCGCCGCCGCCCCCCCCCCGGGAGGAGCAGCGACACUCCGGCCGUUUCCCUGCAGGCGUGGCCGGCCGGAGAGAGAGAGAGGCGAUGGGCCACCGGCCGUGACACUCCCCGGGCUGCCUGCACCGCCGGCCGGAGCAACUUGGGCGGAGAAGGCGACUCCCGCUGUCGGGGCCGGGCGGGCCAUCAGAGCGGACGAGGGGCAGAGGAGAUGGGGGACGGGCCGGCCGCCCAGCAGGUCUAACCUUCCUUCAACCAAGACUUACUGAUGAUGAAUGGAACAGUCAAUGUGAAUGCAACCGGACGCAGUCAUUAUGCCUCCUCAAUCCCUGUGCCCAGAGCUGCAUCCCACAGCAAAAUACAUACUCUGGCAGCAUCUCCGAAAUUGCCCCCGAGGCAAAACAGUGUGGGAACUGUUCCUUCCCAAAGGGCAUCCUCACCCAGGACUGGAAGGGGACAGGUUGGCUCAGGCAAUAGUAAUUCAAAAGGAUGCAAACAGAAGGUCAUCCCUAAGGUCCCAGCGGCUGCAAGCCCAGGACAAGAGAAAGCUGAGGGGCCUGAGACCCAUAGUGGGACAGAAGGAACAGAAUCCAGUCUCAGUUUGAACACAGUGUCCGGCUGCAGCAACCCACGAGGAGCACAGAAGACCAACCCCAGAGCCACUGGAACAGCUAAAAAAUCUGUACUUCAAGCAACAGAGAAAGGGAAAGAUGCCUCAAAGUAUGGAGAAGAUUGCAGCAGCCUCAGAGCCAAGAAGGGUCUUGCUAAACCCAGCUCAGUUUCUGAGCCUACAAAAACCUCUCACCUCCCUGGGAAGAGCCCAUCUCAUCUCAGUCUGUACAGUGAAACUUUGUUGUCCAGGUCUUCAGAAGGAGCCAGCCUGAAAAGACCUCAGAGCUGUCCGGUGAAAGGUCAGUGGGCUUCAGAAGCCAAUUGGAAAGCAAGUGGAACAUCCAAACUCGAGGAUAAACCUCAGGUGAUCUCACUGGACACAAGCAACCUGAAUAAGGGCCCUGCGCUACACACUGGACCAAUCAGUUUUUCUUCUGUGUCCCAGCAUAACCAUCCUAUUAUGGCUACGGUAGCCCCUUUCCAUUAUCGGCGACAGGGUGAGAAGGAGAGGACCAGUCUGUCUAAGGAGGAACGUGCAUGUGAUGAGCACUCCAGUCCGACAGAAGGCCCUGAUCUCAGCUUGAGAAGUGCGGAGGCUGGGCGUUUAAAUGGUUUCCUCGCGCCCGGCGGGAAGAAGAUGCUCGGAGGUGGCGGCGGCAGCAGCCUCAAAAGCCUGCCGCAGGACGUGGAGCUGAAAGGCGACGAAGGGCCGGAGGAGCUGCGGGGCUACCGGAGGGCGGCGGCGGCGGAGGGCCCCAAGCAGGCCACGAUGCAGAAGCGCGCCGGCGCCAAGGGCCCCGCGGCCGUGGCGCCCAAGGCGGCCGAGCUGAAGGUCUUCAAGUCGGGCAGCGUGGAGGGCCGCUUGCCGGUGACUUCCAACCUACGCAAGCAGAAGUCGCUGACCAACCUGGCCUUCCUGACCGACGCCGAGAAGAAGAUGCAGCUCUACGAGCCCAAGUGGAGCGACGACAUGGCCAAGGCGGCCAAGGGCGGCGGCGGCGGCCGGGGCCUGAAGGGCGGCAGGGAGCCGGCCGCGCUGCUCUCCAAGAACCUCUCCCGCUCCGAGCACUCGCUCUUCCAGGCCAAGCUGGCCCCGGCCGCCGGCCACAAGCCCCCUCCGCCGCUGGCGCCGCUGCCCUCCAACCUGGGCAAGCCCAGCCGCAUCCCGCGCGGGCCCUACGCCGAAGUCAAGCCGCUCAGCAAGGCGCCCGACGGCGGCAGCGACGAGCCCAAGUCCGACGACGAGAUCCUCUCCAGCAAAGGCAAAGCCGCGCAGCAGAAGCCGCCGCCGCCGCAGCAACAGCCCGCCGCCCCUACCACGGGCGGCCAGCCGGGCGGCAAGGGGGCGCCUUCGGAGGAGAAGGCUUUCCUGAAGGUGGAUCCCGAGCUGGUGGUCACCGUGCUGGGCGACCUGGAGCAGCUGCUCUUCAGCCAGAUGCUGGAUCCCGAAUCUCAGAGGAAGAGAACAGUGCAGAAUGUACUGGAUCUGCGGCAGAACCUGGAGGAGACCAUGUCUAGUCUGCGGGGAUCCCAAGUAACUCACAGCUCGCUCGAGAUGACAUGUUAUGACAGUGACGAAGCCAACCCUCGCAGUGUGUCCAGCUUGUCAAACCGCUCCUCCCCUCUCUCCUGGCGCUACGGUCAGUCCAGCCCUCGUCUGCAGGCUGGAGAUGCCCCUUCAGUUGGUGGGGGCUGCCGUUCAGAAGGCACCCCCAGCUGGUACAUGCACGGGGAGCGAGCUCAUUAUUCCCACACCAUGCCUAUGCGCAGCCCCAGCAAGCUCAGCCACAUUUCACGCCUGGAGCUUGUUGAGUCUCUUGAUGCUGAUGACGUCGAUCUCAAGUCUGGGUACAUGAGUGACAGUGACUUAAUGAGCAAGACUAUGACUGAGGAUGAUGACAUCACCACAGGCUGGGAUGAGAGCAGCUCCAUCAGCAGCGGCCUCAGUGAUGCCUCGGACAACCUUAGCUCAGAAGAAUUCAAUGCCAGCUCCUCGCUCAACUCCCUGCCUUCCACCCCCACGGCUUCCCGCAGGAACUCCGCCAUAGCGCUGCGCACAGACUCUGAGAAGCGUUCGCUAGCAGAGAGUGGGCUAAACUGGUACGGUGAGCCAGAGGAGAAAGCUCAGAAGAAGAUGGAUUAUGACAGUGGGAGCCUGAAAAUGGAGCACAGCACUUCUAAGUGGCGACGGGAGCGCUCUGAAAGCUGCGAUGAGGCUCCAGGCAAAGGAGGAGAUCUGAAAAAGCCAGUGAGCUUGGGCCCUCCAGGGUCCUUAAAGAAGGGCAAGACGCCCCCUGUGGCUGUAACCUCCCCUAUUACCCACACAGCCCAGACUCUCAAAGUGGCAGGUAAACCUGAAGCAAAAGCAACAGACAAGAGCAAGCUGUCUGUGAAGAAUGCAGGCCUUCAACGCUCAUCUUCUGAUGCUGGCCGAGAUCGGCUUUCAGAUGCCAAAAAGCCUCCAUCUGGACUCACCCGGACCACCACCGCUGGGUCCUUUGGCUAUAAGAAACCACCGCCUGCCACUGGGACUGCCACAGUGAUGCAAGCUGGUGGCUCAGCCACACUUGGCAAGAUUCAGAAGACCUCCAGUAUCCCUGUCAAACCUGUCAAUGGCAGGAAAACCAGUUUGGAUGUUUCUAAUGCUGGGGAACCUGGUUUCAUGGCCCCAGGGGCCCGCACCAACAUCCAAUAUCGGAGCCUGCCUCGCCCAGCCAAGUCUAGCUCCAUGAGUGUGACUGGGGGGCGCAGUGGCCCACGGCCUGUAAGCAGCAGCAUUGACCCCAGCAUCCUCAGCAGCAAAGGGGGCAUUUCCGUGUCACGGCUCAAGGAGCCCUCAAAAAUUGGCACAGGACGGAGCACACCGGUGCCAGUGAAUCAGACAGACAGAGAGAAGGAGAAAGCCAAGGCCAAGGCAGUAGCUCUGGAUUCUGACUGUGUCUCACUCAAGAGUAUUGGCUCCCCUGAAAGCACCCCCAAGGCUCAAAGUGGCCACCAAACUCCUGCCAAAGCAGCUGAGCUGCCACCAACACCACUCAGGUCAGCUGCCAAAAGCUACGUAAAAGCCCCUUCUUUGGCCAACCUGGACAAGGUGAACUCCAACAGCCUGGAUUUCCCUUCCUCAAGCGAGCUCCACCAGAUGCAUAGUGGGAAACUGCAAGAGCCACAUCCCACUGCAGUGGGUGUGGGUACUCACCUCACAUCAUGCUUCACUCCAAGUCCUGCACCUGUCCUUAACAUAAACUCUGCCAGCUUUUCCCAGGGCCUGGAGCUCAUGGGUGGCUUCAGCAUCUCCAAGGAAACCCGCAUGUACCCCAAGCUUUCCGGGCUACACAGAAGCAUGGAAUCGCUGCAGAUGCCUAUGAGCUUGCACAGUGCAUUCUCUACAGGCAAUACUAGUGCUCCCACCACUGCUCCUGCUCCUCCUGUCACUGCUGAAGAAGAGCCUAGUGAGAUGGCCUGGACAGGAAGCCCCAGAAUCAGCCAUCUGGACAGUUCUAAUCGUGACCAGGAUACAUUGCAGAAGCGAUUAAGGUAUCAAAUCCAGUCUCAAGAAGAUGCCAAAGAGAGACGGCACUCCCACACAAUUGGAGGGCUGCAGGAAUCAGAUGACCAGUCCGAUCUGCCCUCCCCACCCCCUCUGUCUAUGUCUUUGAUUGGGAAGGCACCACUCACCAAUAUUGUGAGUCCCACAGCAGCCAACACCCCAAGGAUCACCCGCUCUAACAGCAUCCCUACCCACGACGCUACCUUCGAGCUAUACAACGCCUCCCCCAUGGGUAGCACCCUCUCCCUGGCAGACCGGCCCAAAGGCAUGAUCCGUUCGGGCUCCUUCCGUGACCCUGUGGAUGAUGUUCAUGGAUCUGUGCUGUCCCUGGCGUCCAGUGCUUCCUCCACUUACUCCUCAGCUGAGGAGAGGAUGCAGUCUGAGCAAAUCCGUAAACUGCGCCGUGAACUGGAGUCAUCCCAAGAGAAGGUGGCCACGCUGACAACUCAGCUCUCUGCCAAUGCUAACCUCGUAGCAGCCUUCGAACAGAGCUUGGUGAACAUGACGUCCCGUCUCCGACAGCUUGCAGAAACUGCAGAAGAAAAGGACACUGAGCUGGUGGAUCUGCGAGACACCAUUGAUUUCUUGAAGAAGAAGAACUCAGAAGCCCAGGCUGUUAUCCAGGGGGCCCUGAAUGGAACGGAUAUCACGCCCAAAGAACUGCGAAUUAAGAGGCAGAACUCAUCAGACAGCAUCUCCAGUCUGAACAGUAUCACCAGCCAUUCUAGCAUUGGCAGUGGCAAGGAUGCAGAUGCCAAGAAAAAGAAGAAGAAAAGUUGGGUGUAUGAGUUGAGGAGUUCCUUCAACAAGGCUUUCAGCAUCAAGAAGGGCCCCAAAUCUGCCUCCUCUUACUCUGACAUAGAAGAGAUUGCCACCCCUGACUCCUCAGCACCGUCAUCCCCUAAGCUGCAGCAUGGAUCCACAGAAACUGCCUCUCCCUCCAUCAAAUCCUCCAACUCUUCUUCUGUUGGCAUUGAUACCACUGAACUGUUCCAGACCAAUGAAGAGGAGGAACCUGAGAAAAAAGAGGUCUCAGAGCUGCGCUCAGAGCUGUGGGAGAAGGAAAUGAAACUGACUGACAUCCGUUUGGAAGCUCUAAAUUCUGCCCAUCAGCUGGAUCAGUUGCGUGAAACUAUGCACAACAUGCAGUUGGAGGUGGAUCUACUGAAAGCAGAGAAUGACCGGUUGAAGGUGGUUCCUGGGCCAUCCUCUGUGCCAAGCUCCAUCCCUAGUCACAUCUUGAGCUCAUCGGCCUCUUCAUCCCCAAGGCGCUCUCUGGGGCUCCAGCUUGCUCAUCCUUUUAGUCCCAGCCUGGCUGAUACAGAGCUGUCACCAAUGGAUGGCAUCACUGCUGGCCUCCAGAAGGACGAGGUGACAUUGCGAAUUGUGGUACGAAUGCCACCUCAGCAUAUCAUCAAAGGGGACCUAAAACAGCAGGAGUUCUAUCUGGGCAGCAGUAAAGUGAAUGGGAAAUUGGACUGGAAAAUGCUGGAUGAAGCUGUCUGCCAGGUUUUUAAGGACUACAUCACCAAGAUGGAUCCUGCUGCUACAUUGGGGCUCAGCAUGGAGUCUGUUUAUGGCUAUAGCAUCAGCCAUGUCAAGCGGGUCUUGGACACUGAGCCUCCGGAGCUGCCACCUUGCCGACGUGGUGUGACUAGUAUUGCCGUGACGCUGAAAGGCUUGAAGGAGAAGUGCGUGGACAGUCUGGUGUUUGAGACCCUCAUCCCCAAGCCCAUGAUGCAGCAUUAUAUCAGUCUCCUGCUCAAGCACCGGCGCCUCAUCCUCUCAGGACCAAGUGGAACUGGCAAGACCUACCUGACCAAUCGUCUUGCUGAGUACUUGGUGGAGCGCUCAGGCCGUGAAGUCACAGAGGGCAUCGUCAACACCUUCAACAUGCACCAGCAGUCUUGCAAGGACUUGCAGCUUUACCUCUCCAAUUUGGCCAAUCAGAUUGAUCGGGAAACAGGGAUAGAUGUGCCAUUGGUCAUUCUCCUUGAUGAUCUCAGUGAGCCAGGCUCAAUAAGUGAGCUUGUCAACGGGGCACUCACUUGCAAGUACCACAAAUGCCCCUACAUCAUUGGGACAACCAACCAGCCUGUGAAGAUGACUCCAAACCAUGGCCUGCACCUCAGUUUCAGGAUGCUGACAUUCUCCAACAACGUGGAGCCCGCUAAUGGCUUCUUGGUGCGUUAUUUACGUCGGAAGCUCCUUGAGUCCGAUAGUGAUGUCAAUGCCAACCGGGAGGAGCUGUUGCGCGUGCUGGACUGGGUGCCCAAGCUUUGGUACCAUCUGCAUACUUUCCUAGAGAAGCACAGCACCUCUGACUUCCUCAUUGGCCCUUGUUUCUUUUUAUCGUGUCCCAUUGGAAUAGAAGAUUUUCGGACCUGGUUCAUUGACUUAUGGAACAAUUCCAUAAUCCCUUACCUUCAGGAAGGAGCAAAGGACGGGAUCAAGGUGCAUGGACAGAAAGCCGCCUGGGAGGACCCUGUGGAGUGGGUGCGAGACACGUUGCCGUGGCAGUCAGCCCAGCAAGACCAGUCAAAGCUCUAUCAUCUUCCCCCACCUAGUGUGGGGCCACACAGCAUUGUCUCACCCCCAGAGGAGCGAAGUGACAAGGAUACAACACCAAACUCUCUGGAAUCAGAUCCUUUGAUGGCGAUGUUGCUGAAGCUCCAGGAAGCAGCCAACUACAUUGAGUCUCCAGAUCGAGAAACCCUGGAUCCAAAUGUGCAGUCUGCUCUCUAAAGAGGAGUGGAUCAGGAUGGGACAGCAACUGGAGUGAGCUGGUCUCGGCUGCUUACCCUCCUCGUUCUUCUUCUUUUUUGUAUCCUGAAUCUGCAGCCUGGAACAGGAACCACCGAAGGCAGAGAGGAGCCUGUUUCUUGCUUUGCAGUCUGUGCAGAUGGACAAGGAGUGAGGCAGUUUGCUUCUUCUCCGAAAGAUACUGGCAGCCCUCCCCCCUAUGGGACUACAGUGGUAGGAAAAUGCCAGUUUUUAUCCAUAGGCUUUGUGCCUCUGUCACAAACUCCUUGGCUUUGCAGUGUGACUUGGGGGAGGGCAGGGAAGAAUGAAUAAAUCCCACGGAUCCAGGGUGCACCUCAUCAAAGUUCCUAUGCAGGGCACGGGCUCCGGAGAACUCCCCACAACUGGCCACUGCAUUAUUGCAGAGAAAUGCCAGUGGGCAGAGCAGCAGCAAAGUGUGGGGUUCCCAAUAAGGAUGACCUUUAAAAUAAAGUAAGCAGAAGCCUAGAAAAGGAACCUGUAAGCAUCGGAGCGGAAGAUUUUCUGCUGCAGCAGACUUGACAGCUGGCACUCUCUCCGGGUGCUUCCCCCUCCUGCUGUCUUGCCAACACAAACACCGGCCAAGGCCUAGGACUGUUACUCCUGUCUUUGUGCCCUCCUUAUUUAAUCUGCAUGAUGGUCCUUUUACAUUCAGAUUCCCAAUAAACUCUGUUUUGUUUUUUCCUUUAUUUUA